AUGGUUGAGUUCACCCCAUCGAGUAUGGAGAAGUUAGCGGAGCUGCUUAGGCCCCCAGAACCAGAAGUGUAUCAAGGAGAACAUUGGAAUGUAUCUAAUUACGAAAUCACAUCCUCGAGAGGAAAAAUGCCGACUGCUGAUAGCACACAGAAAACCCCUAAAAAUAUAGAGGAAUUUGAAGAACAACAAGACAAAGAAGCAGAGGAAUUGAGUCUCGUUGGCGGAGGAAUAGCAAACCGUAAAACUCCGAAAUACACAAUAAAUUAUCAACAGUCCGUGUCAGCAGAAGAUGUGUUUUUGCAGAUCGGCUCCAAAACUCCUUCAUCGGCCAGCUGCGAAAACUUGAUGAUUAGGAUUAAAAUGCCCGGCGACAAAAAGGAAAACGUCGACCUGUCUGUUGACAACACCAGUGUGACGGUGGACUCGUCGCAAUACCACCUGAAGUUGCCUCUACCGCACGCGAUCAACCCUGACACCUCUAAAGCCGCUUGGGACUCUGCCAACGAGACUCUAGUUUUGACUCUCAAGCUGGACAGGGAGUUUGAUUUCAUCAAUUUCUGA